AACGAGGUUGUUUAUGAACUCAAACAUCCAGUUGCCAGUUUAAUUUUAUUCAAUACUUAUGAAGUUUGUUUAUUAAAUGAGGAUUUGUUUACGAGAAUAUGGCUCAAGAAGAAGCUAAAAGGGCAUUCUCUGAACGAAAACGCAAUAUCCUGUACUUAGUGCAUCAAUAUCUUAAUAAUAUGGGUUACGAAAAAGCUGCAGAGACAAUUAAAGUAGAUGCUCACCUACAAUCAGAGUACACUAUUUGCGAUAACAUCGAUCUAGAUGCAAUGUAUUUGGAAUACUGUAGCUAUUAUCACAUGAAAUUUCAAAAAUUUCCAAGCAUAAUCAAAAAAAUCGAUGGAAAUUCUGAAGUUCACCUAAGAAAUCCAAGAAAACUCAAAUCCGCAAGAGCUGCUUUGAACCCAACUACGGCACGAACAGCACCAGCCAUUAAAUCAGAGCCACGGAAGGAAAUUAGUGCAGAAACUAUAAUUGAAUUAGACAGUCCUUUGGCUUUAACGGACAGCUUGAAAAUAAAGCAAAUUUCUCAUGAAAAAUCAGUGCAGCAUGAUUGUGGCGAUGGAGUGCGGGUAUAUCCACCUUUGAGUGACUGUGAGUAUUACUCGCAAGAGUGGAAGGAAAUGGCCGAGACUAUUUGCAGAGAUAUAAUAAAAAAAGAUUUAGGAGUGGCCUGGAAAAAUAUAUAUGGAAACACGAAAAUAAUAUCUUUGAUUAAAGAAGCUGUUCUAUUGCCACUAGAACAACCGUCUUUAUUUUCAAGCAAUAUAAAACCAUGGAAAUCAGUUCUUCUACAUGGACCCCCUGGAACCGGAAAGUCCUUAAUUGCAAAAGCUUUGUGCACUGAGACCUUAGGUCGAGUAACUUUUUUCCGAAUAUGCCCUAGUACGAUAAUCUCGAAAUGGCGCGGAGAGUCUGAGAAGACAAUACGGGUCUUGUUUGAAGUAGCAAGAUAUUAUGCACCGUCCAUAAUAUUUUUCGACGAAAUUGAGGCAUUGACUUCCAGACGAGACAGUGGAUCUGAGCAUGAAGCUUCGAAACGAUUCAAAAAUGAGUUUCUUUCAUUAUUAGAUGGUGUUGGAGAAGAUAAUAGUAAUAUCUUUAUAUUGGCAACUACAAACUUGCCUUGGGAAAUGGACUUAGCGUUUCUUCGACGAUUUGAAAAAAAGAUUCUAACGGAUAUGCCAAACACGAAUGAACGAAAAUCUAUAAUCAAAUCUUUUUUACCUUCUACAUUAAAAUUGUCAGAAUCAUUAUUGGAUAAACUAGCAGAGAGCUCAUUUGGAUUCACAGGUGAUGAAAUACGAGUCGCUUGUAAGGAAGUUGCAAUGAAGCAGAUCCGCUACGCUUCCGGUUCACAAAAAAACACGAAAAGGCAGUCCCACAUUCCUGAAGAAGACAUCCUUGUCGCCUUUGAGCAAACCAGUCCAAUUUGCGCGAAAACUUAUCAGAGGUACAUCGACUGGAACAAUUCGCACGGGAACAAAGUAUAGAGUGCAAUAUUGGGAAUUUACGAAUAAAACUUUCUUUAAUAAUUAUUAAAAAUAAAACAUGAGAUAUUACAAAUAUUCAGUUCACUUUCUUCUAGGGGUUUUCUGCAUUCUUUGAC